AUACGGCAGUGGUUAUGCAGCAGAGUCACACUUUGGGGGGGAUGAUUACAUGGAAUUCACACCGAAUGAGGCAUAUCGACAGGCGACAAAUGAUUUCAAUAGCAUACUAGAUGAUUUCGAAAGAUUUCUGCGUUUGAGUGGUCAAAAGCGUGUGGAUAAACUGCCCGACGAGAUGUUUGCGGUGAAGCCGACCAGAACAGCAACACAACCGCAACCACAAUCACAACCACACCAUACAUCGUCGGUUACAGCAAAGUUCACUCCUUUGGCUUUGGCAGCCCAUGCCACAGCAAUGGCCGUAUUGGGUAAUCAAAAUCAUUUCAAUACUCCACCCCACACAUCCUUUGAGGGUUCAUCAAUAACAGGCUCUGCCUCAAUGCCAGCAAAGGAUAAAUCAUCAAAUGCUCAGUGGGAUGUAUGGUCUCUGGAUUCAGCUUCAAAAACCAUUGGCGGUGAACAAAACUCUUCUGCAUCGUUGGCAACCACCACCACAACCACCUCCAAUGCCGUGCCAUGGCAAAAAUCUACGCCUGCGACAUCAUUUACACCCACAUCCUUUGGAGUAGCACCAGCACAGCCCUCACAUUUUGCCAAUGGAAUACAACAGCAACAGCAGCCCUCCACAGCCUACUUUCCCUCAACGGCAGCUUCGAUAUUUGCCACAGCGGCAGCAUCAAUUCCCACAACUGCAACGUUAUCGAUGAUAAUUCGUUUAAAAACACUGAGAGUAAUAACGUUGUCAACAAUUAUAACAACAACAACAACAACACAGAUUACAACAACUUUUAUAAUAAAGAAUCAAGCAAUUGUGUGAGCAGCAAUAUUGCCCAACAACUUGACAAAGGCAAUCCCUUUAGGGAAGCCAUAAGUUCGAGUUCUGCCAGCUAUACAAGCACUAAG